UGUGAGCGACUGCGACUAUCGGACGACGAUUUCUGUUCACGCGCGAUCAAUUGGCGAACCGCAGGCGGAUCAACUGGUCACUCAUUUCCGAGAACUGCCGCAAGAAAAAAUAAGAAGCACUCCCACACGCAAGCACCAGUAAAAAAAGAAAAAGAAAAGCUGACAAAUAAAAAUAGCUGGCAGAUCAGAAGACAACGAUCCGCAGAACCGAAUAAGUAGUGUGGAAUUAUCCAUACAGCAAUCCAUAUCCACCCAUCAGUCGGGGCUACCAACCAACCAUCCAAGCAAACCACGUGCAAAAUGUCGCAUCAGUGCAGCUGCGGUCGCGAUCUCAACAACAACUACGUCUCCUACACGAGCGCCUACGCCAAUGCGAACACGGGUCUGGACCGCGAGACGGCAGCCAGCGGCGGAGGCAAGUCCAGCACCUCGCACCACACACAGCUGACGGCCAAGGUGAUGUUCGGCACAGUGGGCGCCAUCAAGGAGUUGCGCGACAAGGAGCAGCAGCAGGCACGGCACGCGGCAACGACGCGCGCCGGCGAGCGACGCAACUGAAAGUGAAUUUGGGAUGGGAUCAAAUGGGAUGGGAUGGGAUGGAAUGGGAUCGGUUCGGAUCGGAUGGUAGGAGGAUAAUGGAUGCUGGAUGCUGGACGCAGGCGUCAUCGGGGUUGUGUUUCGAGUGCUGUGCAGUGGGUUUUUAGGGGAUUUCAGAUUGCGUUGGAUCCCAUCCCGUCCCGAUCCCGCAUCCCACAUCCCACACUGGAUGCGGCUGCUUGGGUGAUGUUAGAGGCUUCAAAGGUGUUUACGGGGGUUGAGCAAUUUGCGGAUUUGCUGGAUGAGUGUGGCCAACAGUUAAGAAAGACAUUCCUUCUUUAAAACAAAACAAAAAACAACUAUCCAAAAAAAGAAAAAUCUAGAAAAAAUCAACUACAAAAAAAAGGGAACUAAAAACAUCACUUAUUUAUACGAUUAUCUGCCACACUGUAGUUCUGUUAGUGCAUCCUAUUACUUUCAACUGUCUCUCUUUAUCUCUCUCUAUUUUUAUACUACAUGAUGAUAUCCUUAAACCAGUUCAUGCUCCUGUUCCUUCAGUUACUAAUUUCCGAUAUUUUAUCUGAAAAAAACAAGAAGAUUAGCCCAACUCUUUCGAGAAAGGGGAAUUCGAUUCGAUGUAAAUUGUUUAUCACAUAUUUAUAUAUACUAUAUAGUGCAAUACUUUAGCUGUACUCUCACACA